CUAGGACCUAGUAUUCCAUCACAACAUCGGAAUCAAAUCGCUACUGGGCUUCACAGCCGAGAUCUGUUCCUGACAAUCGCCUCCUUAGACAAUAGGAGGAGGCGGCAAGGCAGCGAUUUUUCCAGUUGCAGCUGCAACGGCUUGUAUUUUCAACGUGGAAAUGGAAAGGCCCAUAUUCAGGUUUGCCUCCCAAAAACACACUAAGGAUAGUGCGCCCAAGAAGAACCGCCCUCUCGUGGGGAGCUUCUUCAAGUUUAGUGACUGUCAGCUCGCACUUAUUGCUGACAAUAAGCAGAAAUUUCUCGAUUCUAUCAAGAGAUGGAAUGGCACCUUACCUGGUUUGUUGGAGGAUAUUAAUUGUGGUAUAUUUGUGUUUGAUGCUGCAAAAUGUGCAAAAGCGGUGUUAGAGGGACAAGCCAAACCAGUGACUUGCAAUCAAGCUUUCUGUUUUGAUGGGUUUCUUGAGCUUCAUAAUGCGGCAAGACAUAAGUCCCUCAAAGUCAUGAGGUUGUUACUUAAACAUGACAAAGAUGGAUCCAAGGCCAAUGCUAGAUGCCUUGCCAGGCUGGGGUCCUGCGAAGGGAUGGUGCUUCCCCUCCACAUUGCAAUUGCAAUUGCUGCGAAUGAGCGUGUCUUUGCUGAUUGGGAUGAUAAAAAUGGAGGCAUUGACGCCUUUAAGCUUAUCUGUAGACUUUGUGCUCCAAAUAUGAGGCACAAAUUGGAGAUUGUGAGAUUGCUUGCCCAGAAGACAAAAAGGGUCGAAAGAGAAGCUUAUAUCUAUGCAAUGGAAGGAAAAGUUGUCGAACUUGUAAUUUUGUUGAUGGUAGCCUCGGAAAAAGUUUUGAGGACACCACUGUCUCUAGAAAAUAACAAUAAUCUAUGCAGAACUUUAUCAGACAAUGUCCUUUCAUUGAUUUCGGAAGUUGUUGCCUCACUGGUUCUACUUCAACAAAAUGUAAGUUCGGAUGAUGAUACCACAAUUGAGGUACAAAAGUGCAUGGAGAAGAAGGCCAAGUUGGAGCAAAUCAUGGUAUUGCUCCAAAUAUUCGAGACAAUCGGGGACAAACUUGCUGAGUAUCUUCAGUUGGAACAAACCAAACCCUCUUUUGCGGAGGUUACUCGACAAGUGGGUCGUAUCUUCGAGGAAGGAGGAAUUCAUUCCCGACCUGAUGUGGUAGAAGAGGAUCCAAGGAAAAAAACAUACUAUUGGCAUGGAAUUAUUUGCCCACAUGGAAUCCGUGGAGGAGAUAUUGUGCAUAACGUUAUUCAAUCCCGACCAUCCCUUCUUAAGCCUGUGCCCUAUCGUCUGAAUGGGCUAACCCGCUCGCGUUCGAGUUCUGCCAUAUCGUUUUCAACUGCUGUUGGGGAUGUUCGUCCUAUUAAGCCCAUGAGUCAUGCCAUAUCGUUUGCAACUUCUUUCGGGGAUGUUCAUCCUAUGAAGCCUGUGACGUAUGAAAGGAAGUGUGUGCCUCAAGUGUGUGGUCAGAAGUUCGGCAAACUCUUCUGGGAAAUGCUGUCAAGGGCAAUAAAGCAUGUGUGAUUAUGUCUUACGGAGUAUUUAAGUUGUGUGUGUGUGUUUUAACCUGUGCAUGCAUCGGUGGAAUUGACACUUUGUAAUUUAUGUCUUUUCUUCCAUUGUACUUUUGAACCAUUUUGGGAGACUCCCAUUACAUCUAGGUGCCCGUCCCGGGUCGGUUUUGGAUAUUGUCGGGGCAAGGUUUGGGUUGCACCUUAAAAAACGGACAAAUGUAAAAAAUUAUGUACUCCCUCCGUCCCCCAGUAUUUGUCCAUAUUUGAUUUUUGGAACUGUUCAUCUUAGCACUUUGACUCAUCAAAUUCUCUCAAUGUGUAAGUCUAAAUAUAGUCAUGUGUGAUCU